AUGCUCUGUCCCUUGUUAGUCGGAGUUAAGUUUUCAAUGGAAAUAAUACGCACUAAAACAGUGAAGUUAUUAGGCAGCUUUAGAAAAUGGCACUCAGUCAAAAUCAUAUUCUGAUUUCGGUUAUUCUCACCAUUUUAUCAAUCUCUCCACUAGCAGCACAUAAUUGUGAAUCGGAUACGUAUGACUUUUGGCAGUACUAUAAUCCGAGUCACAAGCUAGACUUGAAGGCCCCCACCGGUUUCACGAUUGCCGAGUUUGAGGUUCGGAACCUGCAGAGUGUAGACUAUUCUAACAAGUACUUAGACAUAAAGGUCGAAAACGAUCGACUUGUUUUUCGCACCACAGCAGAAUUUGAAAAGUACGAUAAACAGGAAAGCUCAACACGGAUCGCGCUGCAAAUUGAGUACAAAUGUUCCGUCGGUAAAACAGUCGGAGCGUACUUUCAGGACAUACUGGAAGCGAACAACUACGAUCCGGAGUUCACACGGUCAGUAUACGAGGUGACGGUUCCGCUACCGCUACCGAAGAACUUCGAUCUUACUCCGUACAUUGACGGUGGACAGGGUAUUGUUGCGACCGAUUACGACCUGGUGGGAAACACGGUGACGUUCAGCUUGGAGAGUAAUAAAUAUCUUAGGAUCGAGUCGGUGCCCGUUAGUAAUAGCCUCAAGCAGUUUCGAGGUGUUGUACGACUGCAGGAUCAAAUUCUGAAGCUGGCCGACAACAUCGAGUUGGAGGUUCGUGCGGAAGAUAAAGGCGUUCCGCCCAGAUCGAGUACAGCUCGACUGGUUAUUCGACCGGAUGCGACUGUGGUUUACAAUGAUCCACCCACGUUCAAGCGAUCCUUCAUUCGUGAAGAUUAUGAGCCGAAUUCGGAGAACUCAAUAGUGUUGGAGUUGAUCCAGGGCACAGAACACGAGGAUCUGGAGUAUGUAUUGAUGGGCGACGAUAAGGAAUACUUCGAGUUGAGUGUGGGUGUUGCUAAAAAUAAUGCAACACUGUCGAUGAAAUCUGAACCGAAACCACCGAAAGGGAAAUUUUUCAUGAAUGUGAUUGUUGAGGUAAAACGAUCGGAGCUCCUAUCGGAUGAGUGCGUUGUGUUGAUUGAUCUCAAAGAGUCAUCGCAGGAGGGUUCGAAGGUAACGGUUGAGAAAACGUUUGUCGUUAUUCAUCUGGAGGAGGAGCGAGUACACAGUCAGGUGUUUCCGGCAAAAAUCGGUGACUGUACGUAUCGAAUAGUUAGUCAACAUCCUAAAAAGGAGGUUGAUAUUUUUACAGUCAACGAAGCUACCGGUUGGAUAGAAUCAGUACGUUUCGAUCGGGAAGAUCGUGAGCUGUUUACGGACAUGGAGCGUCCUCAGUUUAAAAUCGUACUACGCCUAGUAUGUCAAGCACAAUCAAUUGAAACAGUUGACAAUCGUCAAAUAAAAGAAUUCGAAGACAUUCCUUUUACUACUGAUACCACCUAUCUUACUGUUAUUGUUGACGAUAUCAACGAUAAUGCUCCAACAUUCACGUUUCCAAAGGAGGGAGAUUUAUUCGCUUAUCCAGUAGCUCGAAUAUCGGAGCGAUUGAUGAUUUCAAGCCUACUACAGGUUUCGGCGUACGACUUAGAUGCUGAUUUAAAUGGUAGUAUCCGUUUCAGUGUAACUCCGAAUGGUAACUUCGAUAUUGAUCCUAAAACUGGCAGAAUUUUUCCGCUCAAAAGUGCUCUGAAAGACGAAAACACGAUUCAGCUGGACAUAAUGGCAACCGAUCGAGACGGUGCUGUGGACGGUAACGAAUCCCGGCUGCGAAUUUACGUUGUCCCUGUACUCCCUUAUCAAUUGUCUCUGCUACAGUUGAACGCAAUGCGUGAGGAAGCUUUGCAGGAUUAUUUGGAUAUGCUGCUAGCAGCAACUGGGCUUAGAGUUGUGGCACUCCCAGGUGGUUAUACGUCGCUUUCGGAGUCAUCCACCAGGCAGCAAAACUUUGAAACCGCCCUCAGGUAUGCGGUAGCUGCGUUCGACGGGCAGAAUGCGAUUGUAUCAAGUGAUAGUUUGGCUAAUUCUCUAAUGAACAACGAUGAUGCAAAACUGUCCUCCUGGAAUGAUCUAUUCAUCGAUGAACUUCCUGCAGAGGACUGCACCGUUUAUCCAUACAUAGUUAUUAUGGCUGUGUUUAUUGUAUUGUUUAUAGCCGUUACAGCGUUGGCUAUUUUUUGGUGGGCGAAAAGUCGUUCAACUCUAGAGGAUUCAUCUACUGCUAGUACGGAGGAGCCAUGUGCAGACUCCGGUAGUGUUUUUGUUGAGAACUCUCUCGCCAAUGCCAAAUCAACACCACCAAUGGUCAGAAAACAUAUCGAGGAUGUUACAGUUGAUGAUUCUACUGAUGGUUUUGUCAGAAGUAACAGGCUGGCGAAAUCACUUUCCGACCUGUUGAUCGUCGAUGAGAGUGAGGAAGUGAGCUGCAACGAAGCUAACAGUGGUACCCAGAGAAGAAAAUCGAUUCGAUUCAACGAAAAUGUAGAGAAGAUAGAGGUGCUUGAGAGCUGAAAAAGCUGAAACUUUAUUAAUAAUUUGUAUAACUUUUUCUCUAACAAAAUAAGAUUGUUUAGCUAAAAACGCUCGCUGUAGAUCGAAUCGUCGUCACCAUCGGGAGCCGAUGCGUUGUGAUGUUCGACAACUUCUAUUCUUUCGACAAGUUCGUUGAAUUUGACGUUCUUCGGUUCCUGCGUCGAUUCAUCAAGUGUUGCCCUCGAAGAGACCGUAUUAUUUUCGUUCACUCUCUCGAGUUGACUCUCUAGCGAGCGCACCAGUCGAUCGGGGAUUUUCGAGUCCUCGGAUUCUGGAAGAAUAGACAAAAUGUAAUAUACAGUUAACGAUUCGGUAUUAGAUGUAUUAUUAUCUGUUCAAUUUGUGUUACAUUUCUGAAAUCGUGCAAAAUCCUAAUCUAAUUUUAAUUAUAACCCUAAAAAGAUA